AUACCAUGUCAUGGCAGAGACCGGCUGGCUGUACUCUGAGAGCUCUGCUGCCGUCAACGUGUCCGUACUGGACCUGCCCCGACCAGCCAUUACCCUGGACCAGACGAAGAGAGUCAUUCACUGCUCCGCCCCCCCGAGUGUCAACUGCAGCUCCUUCUCCCUGCACAGGGAGACUCACCCUGAGCCGCUUGCAGUGGAGAGCACAGCACAGCACGCAGUCGCCUUCACUGGGGUCAGCAUGACCGAAGGGCUUAAAUACACCUGCAGAUGUCAGCUCACAGCUUCAGGGUGGCUUCUGAACUCCACUUUCAGUCUGCCUGUUUCUAAAGAGGCUGGAGGCUUCGAGAUGUGGUUAAUUGUCGUCACAGCUGGGGCGCUGGUGCUGGUUUUCUCUGCAGCAGCACUGUGCUUUUGCAAGAUGCGACGAGGCACUGCACGAAUGGAUACCCAAAUUUGGAGUGGCCCAGCAGACAGCCAUGACCCCCAGGAUGAGGUUCUGGUUCAGACCGUUUAUGCUGCUGUGAAGAAAAGCCCAGUAAAAUCGGAGAGAGAAGCUGGGAAGGAGGAGGACUCGGAGGAGAGAGUGGUGUACUCCAGCCUGGACCUCGGAGCUCACAGGAAGAAGCAGGCAGGGAAUUCCGGGAGCCCAGAGGAGACAUGCCUCUAUGCAGCCAUUAAAGUCAAAGGACAGAGCGAUCCCGCGGGAUCGGAUUGCCUUCGGAACACUAGUGCACCCUGAGCCUCCAGCCUUGUCCGGGGGCUGACGGAGGAGCCCUGGUUUUCCAGGGAGGGCUCCCCCAGCUGUCAGCACAAACUCAAAACUCAAACUGCAGAAAAAUCUAUUGCAGCCACGUCCUCAGGGGGAUGGCUGUGUGAUCUGUCCCUUUUAAAACACGGAGCGAAGCUGGGAUUGUGAGCGCUGUCGCACUUCUCCAGGUCCUCCCAGGGUUUGAGGAGAACACAAGGACAGUUACAGACGAAAGACAUCCGGGUAUGGGCUUCAACAACAUGGCCGAAUGACUUGUGCCAUACCCCCACAACCCUGUGUUUAAGGGAAUGCACUUCCUCGUAGGUUCCACUUGCGCUUCGCUGUUCGCACUCGGAAGACCUGGCUGGAGACUCCUGGUCACAGGGAGUGCAUGGUGAGGGGGCGCUAGGGCAUUCCUUCAUUCCCCUGCUCUGUGCUCUUAUCAAGAGUGCCCCAGACCGCCCUGGCCACACGAACUGGGUGAGAGGGCAUCCGUUAUCUCAAACCCGAAGGAGGGAGAUUCGUUGC